UAGCAGUUUCUCAAUCGUCUCAGUGUUUCAAAUUCGCUGAUUCAUCUCAUUUCAAGAAUGCAUUUGCUCACUAAGAUUUACGCUUUGCUUGCAAGAUGACUGGAGGUGAAGGCCGUGGAUGAUGUCGGAAGAACCACGCAGAGUUCCGUAUAUUGUUCCAUGCAAUGGAUUGGAGGCGGACCAUCUAUCUAAGCAGCCGGUUAACAUAAAGUGUGUUUUACUGGGAGACAGUGGAGUCGGAAAAACUAGUCUUGUCGUGAGUUAUACGACUAACGAUUAUCCAUCAAAGCAUACUCCAUCGGCUUUUGACACCUUUUUCGUGGAAGUUUGCGUGGACAAUCGACUCGUGCAUUUGCAGAUCUGUGAUGCCGGUGGCGGGAACGAAGUCGCUUCUCUCCGGCAAUUUUCCUACCCCGGUGUUCACGUGCUGCUACUUUGCUUUUCUGUCGUCAAACCUUCGUCGUUCCGAUCCCUGCGGGACAAAUGGUUAGAUGAACUUUCCAACGCCCACCUCGUGUUCAACCCGGCUGCUGAGAGAUUAGUAGCCACGCGGUCGUCGACGGUUCCACCAAGUGAACGUAAAGUUCGCUCAAAAGAGCUUACGAAACACUUAUCCGCAGUUAGAUCCCGAUCGUGUGGCCCAACUCGUGGGAUAAGGCCUGAAGCCCACAGGAUUCCUGGUCCUGCAUUCCUUCUCGUUGGUUGCGCCUGUGACCUUAGAAAUGAUAUCGGCCAGUUGCUAGAAUUGUCGAAACAGGGUGAGGAACCGGUUGACAAGAAGACAGCCGAACAGCUGGCGUCACAGCUUGGGGCUGAGGCUUACAUUGAGUGUUCCGCUUUGACACAGAAAAACCUGAAGACGGUUUUUGACCUAGCAAUCUGGUGUGGACUACGAGUAGCGGAACUUGGAGGCCCUGCACAAUGUAAUCAAAUGCCAAGCUUCCGUGAAACAAAAAAUGGCUCGGUGGUUUCACCAGGUUCUUCCCGAAAAUCCACAACCAGUUCGCUUCACAACGCAUCCCAUAAUCCUCCAGGAUUUCAUCAACCCAAGGCCACCGUAGACGAUUCGAAAAUAGAUAAGCGUUUGUGGCGGAAAUUAUUCUGUAUGCAUUGAUCCUAAGUCGCAAUGAGCACGGCCACCUGAUCGCUAUGAAACAGCCCCAACGCGAGCUAUAACACGAGCUACCUAAUGACUUUCCAUGUACCGACCUUGUUUUACCAUGUAAAUUCGUGUGCUUUUAUCUAGUCUUUUUCAGCAUUAUUACCAGCGGCCUGUUUGAUUUUUCACUUGCCUUUGAUUCCUUAUCAUACCUCCUGCAGUAUAAACAGCCCCAAGCCGUACCUAAUCCUACCGGUUUUCCUUUUCCCCGUUGUCGGAGCCUUUUCCCGUACUCUUUUCUUGAUGUGGAGUAUUGUUAUAUUGUAACCCCAUUUGAAGGCUUUUUUCGCUAAUGCGGACUCCCUCCGUUUAUGCUGUCCACAUGGGUUCCCACAGACCGGAUGUAAAAAAACACAAGUAAACACUCAUUUUGUUGGUUUCUUCAGCUUACAAAAUGAAGUAAUAAAAUCCUAGUUAAUAUGAUGGUGCGUCACGAUUACUGUCCAUCAAAAAGAGCCGAUUACGUCAGAUGUAGUCCCAGCUUCGGUAUUCAUGAUUUUCUGCGUAUGGAUGACAUAGGUAAUCGCCGGAAGGGAGUGUGCAUCUCCUCUGAUGACUGUUAUCAUUGACCGCAUGGUUUCUUUGUUCGUUGGUAUAAUUUGUUGGUUCUGAAAUCGGUGUAGCACUGGACAUAAUGGAUUUAGUGGAGACUGGGCUCAGACUGUUGCCUUGCUGGGAAGUUCUGUGGAUAUUGCUCAGUUGGCCAGCCGUACCGUGCUUUUCCAUCUCUAUAUCCGGAGAAGUUGAAGAGAGUUGGUUUUCAAAGUGUGUGGAGAGCGCUUGUGCAUCAUUCUGUCUGACAAGUUGCCUCUGAUUAUUUUUUUCACCUUUUGAGUGUGUGCUUUCCGGCUUCACUUCACUUGAAUAUGAUUUGGGAUCAUAAACUUGGUAUUCAUGAAGAAGUUCCGCUACAUGAUGACUAUCCAUCAUAGCCCGUCGGCGCGCCGAGAUCGUGCUAUGUGCCUCGCAUUCUUCAUUUUCUUCACUGCAUAGUUCUGACGGCUUUCCCGCAGGAGGCUGUGCUAGUGUUGUUAGGGAUUUCUCGCGAUUCCGGGCAUAUCGGUCGCUGCUUGGUUGAUCCCAAUAGUCCACAAAAGCGGAUGCCAAUUGGGCCAAGUGGUCACGCGUGAAAUGCGAUUCUAGGUCACGUUUUCGAUAUAAAUCUGCCUGGUUACGUAUUCCUUCCAACACCCUCAUCCAUUCAGUUGACCCAUUAGAAUUAGGCUGCAAUCCAAAAUAGUUGUGGUAUUUGGCACC